AUGGUCGGGCAAACGAGGAGUAAGCUCAAAGAAGCGGCUUCAGAGCCGGUGCAGUCCCCGCGCUCCGUGCAGUGCCGGCGGCGGCGCCGGGCCACCGGAGCCUGGGAGCCGGAGAUGGAGGAGCCGCAGGCGGAGACGGAAAAGCGGCAGCCGCCUUUGCCUGUAGGCGGGGGGAACCUGCCGGGGGGCUCCCGGGAUUACUCGCCGCGGAGGACCCGAAACCUGAAAGCGCAAAAUUGCAUGCAAAUGGAAGUGGUCGCCAAGACCCUUCUCGGCCGCUUCCAGUUCCUCAGCUGUUUGCUGGAGCAGCUCCGGGAGAAGGUGCUGCAGUUUCGGAGACGACAGGUCAACAGCAGGACCUCCUUCGGCAUAGCUGCCUUUGUGGGAGUUUUGCACUGGAUGCAUUUAGUAACACUUUUUGAAAAUGAUCGUCAUUUUUCUCACCUCUCAUCUUUAGAACGGGAGAUGACUUUUCGAACUGAAAUGGGACUUUAUUAUUCCUUCUUCAAGACCAUUAUUGAAGCACCUUCAUUUUUGGAAGGACUGUGGAUGAUUAUGAAUGAUAGGCUCACCGAAUAUCCCCUUGUAAUUAAUGCAGUGAAACGCUUCCAUCUUUAUCCAGAGGUGAUUAUAGCCUUCUGGUAUCGUAUAUUUGUGGGAAUAAUGAAUUUAUUUGGGCUAGAAGCUAAGACCUGCUGGAAUGUCACCAGAGUAGAACCUUUAAAUGAAGUUCAAAGUUGUGAAGGAUUGGGAGACCCUGCUUGCUUUUAUGUUGCUGUGAUUUUUAUUUUAAAUGGAGUAAUGAUGGGAUUGUUCUUCAUAUAUGGUGCAUACCUGAGUGGGACUCAACUUGGAGGUCUAAUUACAGUAUUAUGCUACUUUUUCAACCAUGGAGAGGCUACCCGUGUAAUGUGGACACCACCUCUCCGGGAAAGUUUCUCAUAUCCAUUUCUUGUACUUCAGAUGUGCAUUUUAACUUUGAUUCUCAGGACCUCGAACAAUAGUAGAAGGCAUUUUAUUGCACUCUGUCUUUCCAAUGUUGCUUUUAUGCUUCCCUGGCAGUUUGCUCAGUUUAUACUUUUUACUCAGAUAGCUUCAUUAUUUCCCAUGUAUGUUGUGGGGUACAUUGAGCCAAACAAAUUUCAGAAGAUCAUUUAUAUGAACAUGAUUUCAGUUCUCCUUUGUUUUGUGUUGAUGUUUGGAAAUCCAAUGUAUUUAUCUUCUUAUUAUUCAUCAUCUUUGUUAAUGACAUGGGUGAUAAUUCUAAAGAGAAAUCAAAUUCAAAGAUUGGGAGUGUCUGAACUCAACUUUUGGCUGAUUCAAGGCUUUGCCUGGUUGUGUGGAACAAUUAUUUUGAAAUUUCUGACAUCUAAAAUGUUAGGUGUUUCAGAUCAUAUUCGCCUGAGUGACCUUAUAGCAGCCAGAAUCUUAAGGUAUACAGAUUUUGAUACCUUAAUUUACACCUGUGCUCCUGAAUUUGACUUCAUGGAAAAAGCGACUCCAUUGAGAUACACAAAGACAUUAUUGCUUCCAGUUGUUAUGUUGAUUACUUAUUUUAUCUUUAAAAAGGCUACUCGUGAUAUUUUAUGUGUCUUAUCUGCAAACACCUAUCAAAGAAAACAGCUCCUUGAACAUGGUGAGCUGAUUUUUCACACAUUGCAACUGUUAGCGUUCACUGUCCUUGCCAUUUUAAUUAUGAGGCUGAAGUUGUUUCUAACACCUCACAUGUGUGUUGUAGCUUCUUUGGUGUGCUCUCGACGGCUCUUCGGCUGGGUUUUUUGCAGAGUUCGCUUUGAGAAUGUUAUCUUUGGCAUUCUAGUAGUGAUGUCAAUACAGGGUUGUGCAAACCUCCAUAAUCAAUGGAGCAUAAUAGGAGAAUUUAAUAAUUUGCCUCAGGAAGAACUGAUACAAUGGAUCAAAUACAAUACUAGACCAGAUGCUGUUUUUGCCGGUGCCAUGCCUACAAUGGCCAGUGUCAAGCUGUCUACCCUUCACCCCAUUGUGAAUCAUCCGCACUAUGAGGAUGCAGACUUGAGGGCCCGGACAAAAAUAGUUUAUUCCACAUAUAGUCGAAAAUCUGCAAAAGAAGUGAGAGAUAAAUUGUUGGCGUUACAUGUGAAUUAUUACGUCUUGGAAGAGGCAUGGUGUGUUGUGAGAACUAAGCCUGGGUGCAGUAUGCUGGAAAUUUGGGAUGUGGAAGACCCUUCCAAUACAGCUAAUCCUCCCUUAUGUAGCGUCUUGCUCACGGACCCGAGGCCCUACUUCACCACAGUAUUUCAAAAUAGUAUGUACAGAGUAUUAAAGGUUAACUGA